AUGCGCUGCCUAUCCAUCCUUUCUGUUAUUGCUCUCUGUGCUUCCAUGGUACAAGCUUGGACUCCUGUCAAUGGCGUACAACUGUCACGUCAGGAUAUGUUGAAGACCAUGGGAGGCGUCGCUGCUGGCUGGAUGCUCACAUCUAUCCCAAGCGGAGCCGAAACAACUCCUGCAGGCGUCAAAUACGAAGUCGUCAAGAAGGGAUCCGGGCCCAAGCCAGAAGUCGGUGAAUUGAUUGCCAUCCGAUUUCUUGCUUUUGCCGGGAGUAACAAAAUUGACGACAUUUUUGAUACCCCAGAGCCAUACUACACUCGUUUGGGAUCAGGCGCUUUGUUGAAGGGUGUUGAAACUACAUUGCCACUUAUGGUUGUCGGAGAUCGCUGGAAGUUGACCAUUCCCGGAGAACUUGCUUUCGGACCACAAGGGAGAAAGGCCUCUGCUGGAAAGCCCCGCAUUCCACCAAAUGCGGAGAUCGUCUUCGAAGUCGAAGUUGUGGGUCUUCCAGGAAAGGAACCAGAACUCAUUGAUCUUAUCGGCAAUGUCGAUGAGUAA